AUGCGUCCCUCAAAUGUUGGUGGAAUAAUAUGCAUCCUGCUUCAAAUUUUGGAAUGUCAAGGAGGCACUCCAGUGAGCCGGCUAAACUUUUUUGAUAUUGAACUCCUGCGGCACGCGGCGGAAGGCAAAAAAGGCAAUGUGAUGGUUUCACCAGCAAGUAUCAAAUCUACUUUGGCCAUGAUAUUAGAGGGAGCCAAAGGAACGACGGCAAAAGAAAUCAAAGAUGCUUUAAGAGUAUCUCCCGAGAAAAAUGACUAUAGAGAAGAAAUGAAAGUAUUCGCCAAAGUUUUUGAGGCUAAUAAUACAGUUGUGUCUCUCCAAAAUGCGAAUGCAUUGUUUGUAUCAAGGAAACUGAAUUUGGAGAAACAGUACGAAUCAGUGGUACAUCGUCUCUACUUGGCUGAAAUAAACAAACUGAAUUUUAAUGAUCCUAAGUCUGCCGCAGACACAGUUAAUGCUUGGGUAGAUAAGAAAACACACGGGCUAAUACCUACUAUUGUUGAUGAAGAUCAAAUAACACCAUCUACGGAGAUGAUGAUAACUAACGCCCUCUACUUCAAAGCGCCAUGGAAGCAUGGUUUUAACACUAAAGCAACUUAUGGCGAUUGUUUUUACAACAAUGGCAUCUGUAAAAAUGUUUCCAUGAUGAUUCUCCAAGCUGAGCUGAAUUACGCAUACGUGCCAAAUUUGAGGUCCCAUGCCGUAGAGCUACCUUAUCAGGACGAUCGGUACUCUAUGUAUCUACUAGUCCCUCAAGACCGAAAUGCUGAAAUAACCCAAAUCCGAGACUUGCCUUUCGUAUCACUGACGGAAAUAUCCGAUCUCAUGGAUCCUGUUGAUGCUGUUCUUACGAUGCCCAAGUUCGAUGUAGACUACAGUGAUGAUAUGGUUGAACCUUUAAAAAACAUGCGUAUCACAACGCUGUUCUCCCAAGCAGCAAAUCUUUCUGGUAUUUUUGGAGCAGGAGAGUACGCCUAUCUUAACAGCAUAUAUCAUUCUGUCCACAUGAAAGUGGAUGAAGUGGGUACCAUCGCAGCAGCAGCCAGUACUAGCGUCGUGGUACCUUUGAUCAAUGACCAGGUGCAGCUGGAAAUUAACAGACCCUUCUUAUUUUUUAUAAGAGAUAACAAACUCGGAGUAACACUUUUCGAAGGCAAGAUUGAAGAGCCUACAGAGUUUGUUAAAAAUAGUCCACCUCAGGGUAUACCACAAUUAUCUCCACAAUUAUCGAAACAACCACUUGCAAGUUAUAAUCCCCAAAAUCAAGCGUCUGGACAAACAAACUUGAAUCCAGUACCUCCAAAAUAUCAAACAUUUUAUCAAGAAGGGGGGAUCCGGACAAAUUACAAUCAGAGCGCUUUAAAUAAAUCCAACUCUUAUCAGGGAGACUUUAAUCAGCAAAUAGACCAAUCAAGUAGUGCUCAACAUAACAGCGGACUAGGCUCAAGUGCAUUUUCAACAGAUCAGCCACAAGUAUUUCAACAAGGAUCAACAAAUCAGACAAAGUUCAAUCCUGACCCACAAAAUUAUCCCAAAGUUAACAAACCAGGCAUAAUUCGAAUAAAUAACACAUCUAGUUCUUAUCAAGGAGGAUUAAACAAGCCAACUUUAUUUUCAAACCGGCAAAUUUUAAAUCACGAAAGAGUUCAUCAGCACCACAGUCGGCCCAGCUCAAGGCAACCACCUAAUCUUGGAGUAGGCAGAAGAGAUCUUAAUUAUGACUAUGAUUACUUCUACUAG